GUGGCUUUUCCUCCUCGCCGUCCGGGUGGUCGUUGAAAGAGCGAGAGAUAGAGAGAGAGAGAGAGAGAAAGAGAGGGCGGUUUAUGGUCGUCCUGCUUGCUCUUGGCGUUUGGUCGUCCCAGUCUUCGUCUACGUUUUGAUCUUAGUCGUCAUCGUCUUCGGCUUCGUCUUAAUCGUCGUCCUCGUCAUCGUAGUCGUCUCCUUCGUCGCCACCUUCGCCAGCGUCUCCUUCGUCGUCGCCAUCGUCAUCUUCGUCAUCGUCUGUGCCUGGAUAAUACUCUAAUCUCCUCGAGUGGAUUUUGAAACCUAACAACGUGUAUACCUAUAUAUCAACAUAAACAUAGACACACAGACAAACACAUCAGCCCAUCCCCGUUCGUCUUAUCAAGCUAUGAAAUGGCCUUUGGAAUGAAGUGCAGAAGAAGUUUUACAGGAACCAAGAUGGCAAGAAAAAUCGUGGGCGUAUUUGUGGUCGCAGUGUGUCUACUGUCUGGGGUGUCGGCCGGCCGUAUCGAGCCCAGGUCUUUAAUGUCUAGUUUGUUCAAAACGCGGCUGGGAGACCUUUACAAGCUGAGGGACUCGUUGCAAGGAGGCUUCCAAGAUACAACAACAACCACAACAACUACAACAACCACAACCACAACACCGAGGCCACCGUCGAGUGCGCAAUGGUCCCACUCCGACCUGGACUCCGACGACGUCUACAGAGGUCUGGCCGAUCUCUUUAGCCAAAAGGGAGAAGCCAAGCACGACAUCCACGUCUCCAACGGGUAUGACGUCCGGAAGCAGAAUUUGCCGAGGCCCAAUGCUUACUCCUUUUCCGAAGUGGACAUGUGGCAGCCGAACCACGCCCAGCUGGAGGGCGUGGGCGGCGAGGACACGCGGGGGGGACAAGGACAGGGGAAUGGUAUCGAAGAGGGACCUUUUGGAAAUCCGGGGAACGCGACGUCGGGAGUGGAAGGUAGAGAAGACGCCCCUCAGGAGUACUGGACGAGGAUCAAGAGCAUCGUGGGGAACAUGAAGUCGAUCCUGGAGCAGAUGUACCCCCCGGGGAGCGACGAGGAGGAGCUGCCGUUCCAAGUGAUCGACAAAGUGGUCAAGUUCGGAGACAAAGUGAACUUUCUGAACCGCCUCCGGGAGACGUUCGACCACGAGCUCCUGGGCUUCCUCGGACACAAGUGGGACGACAUCAAGGACAACGUGAUCAACAGCAGCCCCGUCCUGAAGACCGUGCUGUCCUUCGACACGCGCGAGAUGACGGGGAACAUCCUGAUGGGCCUCGUGAAGCAGGUGGGGCACCUCCUGCACCAGCAAGCCUUCACGCACUUGUCGGAGCUCGAUUUCGUCACGGAGCUCAUGAGGACGUCGGGCUUCAAGGACUCCGAGAUCUACCAGGUGUUCGAGCUCCUCGACCUGCCCACGGACACGGUGGAGUCCGAGGCGGAGUCCAGACAGCUGGGCUACAGCGGCUACGGAAUCGAGAAGUCCGGAGGCUACGGGCACUCGGGAGGAGGCGGCGGAGGCUACGGAGGAGGGGGCUACAUGCAGAGCUUCGACCCCUUCGUCCUCCUGGCGGGUCUUGCCUUCGCCACCUUCCUGGCCUACCUCAUCUACCGGCUCCUCUCCAGCACCACCGGCAGGAGGCGAGAGGUCCCCGACGUGUCCUUGGCCCUCGACCUCUCCGAUCUGCCGGACGUCGUGAGCAACAUUUACUCGUGGCUGGAGAAGACGGAGGCGCUGUAUGGAGGCGACGUCGAAGAGGCAGACGGGCCCCCCGGGUCGUGCGUGAAGGUACCUCUGCGCCCCAACACCAAACCCGACCAACCAUAA